UUUUCUCUGAUCGCGCUGCCGGCGUGCAAGAUGGUCGUGAAGAAAGACAAGAAGCCUAAGAAGUCAACCUGGAAGUUUAAUUUGGACCUUACUCAUCCAGUAGAAGAUGGAAUUUUUGAUUCUGGAAAUUUUGAACAGUUUCUACGGGAGAAGGUUAAAGUGAAUGGAAAAACUGGAAAUCUUGGGAAUGUCGUUCACAUUGAACGCUUCAAGAGUAAAAUCACAGUUGCUUCUGAGAAACAGUUCUCUAAAAGGUAUUUGAAAUAUCUCACCAAGAAAUACCUUAAGAAGAACAAUCUUCGUGAUUGGCUUCGUGUGGUUGCAUCUGACAAGGAGACUUAUGAACUUCGUUACUUCCAGAUUAGUCAAGAUGAAGAUGGAUCCGAGUCUGAGGACUAGAUGAAGCCAUCCCUUUCAGGGCUUUGCUUGCUAACAAAACAAAUGAAGUAUACAAGAGAAACAUCUGGAAAUGGACCUUCAGUUUAUCAGUGAAUAAAAAACAUUACUCUGUA